AUGGAAGAUGAAAUCAAACCAAUCCAUUCAGAACCCGCCACCGAGCUACCCAAUUCACCACCCGCCGACGAUCCGGCGCCGGAAUCUCCAUCAACCGCAACCGACGGCGGAAUUGAGCCCGAGAAGAACGAGAACCCGGAACCAGCCGAAGAAGAAGACCCGGCCAAGGAGACGUCCAAUAAGAGGAGAAAGCUCUGCCCCAGUGCUCUGGAGAAGUGUGAAUCCAUAAUUCUCAACUCAUGCUCAUCGAAUCCUUCGAAUUCUUUCUCUUUCACCUUCGACCCGAAAUUCUCCUGCGGCGUUUCAACUCCCGAGGUCACUCCGAAAUUCGGGUCUUUCAAUUUGGAGGCACUGGAUUCUUCUGCAGAAAUUGAAGUGAAAUCCGAACCAGAAGGCGGAGAUAGUAAAAGGGUUGACGUGGAGGAUGAGGUUGUUGUUGAAGAAGAGCGCCGGAACUUUCUUGAUAUUUUGGGUUCCGGCGAGGAUGGUGGGAUUAGUGCAUCCGAUUUUUUUGACGACGGCUCGAAUUUGUUCCUGUAA